CUUUCGCCAGGCGGGCAUUUCAACGGCGCCGCCAUUUUCCAUUAGCCAUCCAGUUCUUUAUCAUAUGUGCAUGUGAUGCCUCCUGUGGCGGCGAGCUGUUGUCGUGGCGCCACAACAUGUCCGCAAGCACAGCUCCUCGAGCGGUGACGUUGUAUUAGCGGCGGCGAUGUCAAAACGUUAACAGCACAAUGCACGGGUGUGUUGCCCCAACGCCGGAUUUCUCCGGGCACCGACGCUGAGACCGGGACGAGGGGAGACUUGUAGCCGCUCCGUGGCACCGGCGCAACGGCCGAUGCGAUUCAACCAAGCCGUUAGCAUCUUAGCGGCUACUCGAGCCAACGUGGAAGGCGUCGCUGGGUCCUCGUCUGCCAUAACGCACGGACCGGUAGAAUGACGUCAGCCUCCACCAAAGUUGGGGAGAUCUUCUCUGCAGCUGGAGCUGCCUUCACCAAACUAGGAGAGCUCACCAUGCAGCUUCACCCAGUGGCAGACUCCAGUCCAGCAGGUUCCCAUCUUCCCUGCAGUGGUCCGACAAAGAGCAUGGCAAAGAGGAAGCUGUAUGAAGACGGAGCUCCGCCCGCCUCCUCAGACGGGCCCAAGAAGGUCGUCAAGAAAGCUACAGCUCCUCUCACCAUGGCAACGCAGGGCACCCCGACCGUCAUCUCUGUGCCCACAGCACCAGCGGUGUUGCCGUCAGGAUUACAGGGGCCGCCUUCCAGCCAGGCCCCCCUGAAGAAACAGAAGACGGCAGAUGUGACCCUUAGUGCUCUGAACGACUCCGAUGUCAACAGUGACCUUGUGGACAUGGAGGGGUCCAACUCCAAAAAACUCAACAACUUCGAUCAAGAUUUUGUCUCCAUAGAUAACCUGAACCUGGACUCCAGCCUCAUCAUGAAUCCCAGUGACCUUCCUCUGCUCUCCCGCUGACCUUUCACUUCCCGACGGACAGAACUAUCCUAGAAUGUUGUAAUGAAACGGACUGAUCCAUUGUGCCAGACGAUGCCAACCACCAACAUUACAGUAAACUAAAUACAGUAGUCUUUGUGUCUACUACUGUGAGAUUUGUCGGCUCCAGUAGAAAAAAAUGUUUGAAUCACUUUUACUACAAGACAUUUUUAUUUUAGUCUUCGUCCAAUGUUGCUUAGUACACGAACGUCCAAAACGUCCUAGCAAUUAGAGGUUAGUUGCUAGGAUUCAUUCUCCCUGUGUUUCUUUAAACGAGAAGUCAGACAAAAAAACCCGAUGCAGCAGAGAAACCUGCUUCAUCGACGUGGUGAAACAUUUGUCUCGUGUUUCAUGUUCAAAUCAGUCUCACCACAUUAAAAAAAAAAAAAAAUGUUCUACUACAUUUUGUAGUAGCAGAUGUCGACACAAGAGUGAGUAUUUAGCUCGGCAAAACAUUUAGGGGGAUUGGUUCCGGCAUAUCUUUAAUGUGAUCGUCUUAACGUCUCCUCAGUCUUAAGGACACAAAGGGUCAGGUCAUUUACUCAGUUGCCUGGUAUCCGAAGACGGCAUCUCAUUUUGUUUCAGAGAUAAAAACGUGUCUGUGGAGAGUGAACAUUUUGUGAUAUUAACGAAUGUGGAAGCCGAACCUCCUGUGUGAAUGUAUUAAAGUUGUAAUUAUAAAACAAAA